AUGGCCGCCGAGAAAUCGUUACUCCGACAGCAGACUGAUAGAAACCGGGUCAACCAGCGCAAUUUUCGUGCCCGACGCCAUGAGUACGUUCGUGAUCUCGAGCGCCGUAUCCGACGAUUCGAAAGUGAAGGGCUUCAAGUCACCAGAGAGGUUCAAGCGAUCGCACAAUCCGUAAACAACACGAAUGAAAGACUGGUGUGGAUACUUGAAUCAAAAUUCGGUGUCACUAAACGCCAAAUCGACGAAUACCUUCGAGAAUCGAACAUCGUUUUUGAUAUUGAGGCACGAAGCCCUUUGCGGCAGAGGCGCGCGGAUCGGAUAUCCGCAAGUCCCAAGCGGUCACCCCGGACUAUACUUCUCACCCAUGAUGCUGACCGAGUUUUCUGGACGACAGCUGGCCUCGACCAGGGUUUGGAAGGCGUGUCGCUUGUGGUUGAGGAAAGUCAGAUCAACCGACGAUUAGUGCAACCAUAUGGGUGCGAAUCAGCAUUGGCCAUUGCCUACCCAACACAUGGACAUUCUUUACAACCAACAGGACUUACGCCUGAGGUUUCGCCACUUCGAUAUCACUCUACACUAGUUGGAGACGAAACAGUCCUUCAGAAUCAGCAGGAUAACAUUGAUAGAUGCAGUCCCAGAUCUGGUCCUCGCUUGGAUUCUGUUCCUGAAAAUCAACCACAAUAUACGUACGACUUGUCUGAGGAGAAUACCACGGAUGCUCUUACUGGAGAAACCUCAUGCGAAGAAGCCGCGAGUAUAAUCAUCAGCGUACGUGGCAACAACGUUCAUGAAGAGGUGUGGAGUGAGCUAGGUUGUAGCAUAAAGCAGAGCUGCAGAGUUAAGACUACCUCGGUCUUCGAGCUCCUGGACAGGGAUUGA